UGUAAAUAAUGUAAAAAUAACUUGUGUUGGAAAGUAACAUUAACUAAAUAUAUUCUGUAUAUUUUUAAGUAGAAAGUUUUUAAAAAAGUAAGAUGCGAAGAAUGCAAUAUGGAAUGUUAAGAGACUUGUCUGUAUUAAAAGGUCAUUAAGUACCUCAUUUAAUAUCUACUUCAUUUGAAUAUAAGUCAAUGUUUACACUGCUCCCCUAUAUUUACUUUGUGUAAAAUCAUAGCAUUCACAUUUUUGGAUAAUCUUUGAUUUUAAUGCAAAUAAUUGUAGUGGUCAAGUGUUUCACACGCUCAAACUUGGAUACAAAGUUGGAAUAAUACAGUAGUGUGUUUGUUUAUAACAAACAAUGCAUUCCCCACAGUCUCCGAUAGAAAACGGGCGCAGAGAGCCGGACUCUGAUGCUAUAAAAAUGUUCGUUGGGCAGGUCCCAAGGUCCAUGGAUGAAAAUGAUCUCACCAAAAUGUUUGAACAGUAUGGCCCAGUCUAUCAGUUAAAUGUUCUACGUGACAAGGUCUCCGGACAAAGUAAAGGAUGCUGUUUUGUUACAUUUUACACAAGAAAAUCUGCACUAGAUGCCCAGAAUGCCUUACACAAUAUCAAAACUAUGCCUGGGAUGCAUCAUCCUGUACAGAUGAAGCCGGCAGAUAGUGAAAAAAGAAAUGGUGAGCAGAACACUGAAGAAAGAAAAUUAUUUAUAGGAAUGUUAUCAAAAAAGUUUGGUGAGACAGAAGUUAAAAUGAUGUUUGCUCCAUUUGGCAAUAUAGAAGAUUGUACGGUGUUACGAGAUCAAAAUGGACAAAGUAGAGGUUGUGCUUUCAUUACAUUUUCAAGUCGACAAUCAGCUCAAAACUGUAUUAAAAACAUGCAUCAUUCACAGACAAUGGAGGGGUGUAGUUCACCAUUAGUAGUUAAGUUUGCUGAUACACAGAAAGAAAAGGAACAGAAAAAGUUACAGCAAAUGAACGCAAAUUUAUUGGCAUCGUUUGGAGGAGGAACAGGGGGUGGAGGAAUAAAUAUAGGGCCACAGUAUUUAGCGUUGUUACAACAAGCCAUGACGACUGGAAAUCUAGGCAUGUUUGCAAAUGUUGGAAAUUUAGGUUUAAAUGCUAUGAAUAUUCAACAAUUAUUGGCGAUAUUAGCUGCUGCCAGCAACAAUCCAGGCCUUCUAGCGGCGUUAGCUGCCCUUGCCGGCGGGAAUUCAAGUGGCAAUAAUUCGUCAUCGUCAAAUUGUUCGAGUGCCAGCAAUAACGCGGCAGGUGACGCCACAGGCAACAUGCAUCUACAGAACUUGCAAGGGUUGGCGGCCCUCGCAAAUGCCGCAAAUAGUCCAGGAGGCUUUCCCCAGGGAAACAACAUGGCGGGAAACAGUAUGCCAGCAGGCAAUAAUAUGUCAGGAGGAAACAAUGCAGCGGCAAACAACAUGGCUCAAACCCUGGCUAACCUGAUGCAGAACAUGGGCAACUUUAGCAGCGUGUUCGGAAAUAUGGGGAAUAUGCAACAAAAUAUGGGCAAUAGUGCUCAAGGCAAUAUGUCUGGGAAUAUGGGUAACAUGUCUGGAAAUAUGAGUAAUGGUAUGGGUAACAAUAUGGGAAAUAUGGGUAGAAAUAUGGGCGGGAUGAACGGAAAUCACCAAAUGCAGACCGGAAUGAACCAAAUGCCAGUAGGCGGGGCUUCAAACAGUCAAAACCAAUCAGCCUCACUCUCUGGUUCCUUAUCAACAUCAAACAGUUCAUUAAGCGGCUUUGCGGGUUUACAAAAUCUAGGCAAUGGCAAUAUGGCUGCCACCAGCAUGUCCCCAGGCGUCACCAAUGGUACAUCCGGAAUGGACGCAUUAAGUCAAGCUUAUACCGGAAUCCAGCAGUACGCAGGUUUGUCAGGUUUGCUCAGUCCCGCUACAGCAUCAUUCCCAAAUGCAUUCAGCUCUCAAGCAGCCCAACAAUUACAGGCAGUGAAUACGCCUGCUGGAAAACAAACAGAAGGUCCUGAGGGAGCUAAUUUGUUCAUCUACCAUUUGCCACAAGAGUUUAGUGAUCAGGACCUCAUGCAGACAUUCAUGCCAUUUGGAAAUGUGAUAUCAGCAAAGGUCUUCAUUGAUAAACAGACUAAUCUUAGUAAAUGUUUUGGUUUUGUUAGUUAUGACAACCCGGUUUCCGCCCAGGCAGCAAUACAGGCCAUGAACGGUUUCCAGAUAGGAAUGAAACGCCUCAAAGUACAGCUGAAACGACCGAAAAAUGACAGUAAACCCUACUAGAAGCCAUCUCUGUAUUACACAUUUCAUAAGAAACAUUCAAGUGAUGUCGCUGUCCCUGUGUGCCUGUAGUCGUCAUGACAGCGUGUGUCCAUGCAUAAACGUUCUUCAUGUUGCCUCACGAGCACUAGAAGGCGGCCAUUGUGAGCAUCUCGUGUAUACAUGUCAGUCUGCACUUGUGUCUAUUUAUAAACAAUCUGGAUUUUAAUGGAGCUCAUUUUUUCCUUCUACUUGUUUCUUCAUCUUUCUGGUUACUAUAUUAAUGUGUUUUAUGUAAACAAAUUGUGGUAACCAUGGUGCAAGGUCUAAGAUAUUAACUGUAUCAUUUAGUCAUGUUGUAUUUGGGUUUUCACUAGAGUAUUAUGUAUAUAAAUAUCAUUUUUUUACACAAGUCUUGUGUAGAAGCAAAAAGGAAUUUGUGCUCUUUUACUUUGUUAUUUUUUUUCCCCUUAAUGUUUUUCUUUGUACAGAGUUUGCUUUUUGUUACAUUUUUGUUCUUAAGAAAUAUACAAGAUUUUAAUUGUUUUGUCCGAUAAAAAUCAAUAAAGAAUUGAGCACUGCCAUUACUUCAUUGUGUUAAUGCGAGAUGUAUUAUGCCGAAAUCAAACUAAAGCUUUUAAGUAUUGUUUUAUUGAGAUUUUAUUGACUUGUUAAAUAAGCAUGUAACAUGUUUUAAUUUCAAACUAAGAUAUUAAUAGAUAUAAGAAAUAAUUGAAAAUUGUCAUAAUUUUAUAUGACAUUACUUGACAUUACUUUUUUAUAUGGCAGGUUUUUUUUCCUUUUUGCAUGGUUAUUUCUGAUAAAUUUGUUUACCUUUAGUCCCUGUAGGAUAGGUAUUUAAUCUGCAAUUUGUUUAUCACCAAAGAUUUUUCUUUUGAGAUACAACUUUUUAAAUUAUAAUUUUUCUUUAUUUGGGCAGUUUUUUGUUUAAUUGUUUACAAUUUAAUUGCACAAAAAUGUUUCUACAAAUUUUGUCAUCCAUAUUAAGACACAAAAUUAUCAUAUACUUUCAUCAUCACAGAAUUUGAUCUAGAAUAUAUUUUGUUGCUAGGAAACAAAACAAAAAAGCCUGAAAAUCAUUUCAUUUAAACAAAAUUCAAAUAUUUGUGAUAUUGUGUUUUUUAACAUUAUUUAAUUUUUUUUGUCAAUCUUAAAUUUGAUAACAAAGAUGUUAAUAGUAUUGGACACAUGUUUUCUAAUCUGUUAGAGUUAAGUGUUAUUAUAAAUACAGCAUAGAUACUAUAAGUAAAUGUUUAAAAAAAUGUAUAUUUUUCUAAAGAUCAGGCUUUUACUUGUUGGAGACAAUCAUUAGGUUAGAUUUACAAAUCAUAACUUUAGAAUGUGAGUCUUUUGUAUUAUUUUAAGGUCAUUAAAUAAUAAAGUAAUUGUUUUUUUUGCCACUCAGAAGAAAUAAGUCCUUGCUUAACAGGAUUUUUUGAAAAUUGAUUGUAUUAAAAUGAAAAAAGGAAGAUAUUUUAUAUUUUGAAAUUAUAAAAUGGUAAGGGUGAUUUGAUGAAAAAAGAACUGGAUGUAGUAUAUAUAAAAUUUGUUAAUGCUGGCCUCUUUUUGACCUGGAAGAAGUUGUUAGUGGUAUGUGUGUGACAAUAUAUAGAUUUGUGUGACAGGGUUAAAUAAAAGAAAGUUUAUAUUAUUGUUAUUGUAUUCAUUAUACAGGUGUAUAGAGACACAGAAACUAAAAUCAAAAUGUAGAAAAAAAUGUUAGUUUUAUUUGUAUUGUUAAUGUCAUUUACUCAAAGAGAAUGUUCAUAUUCUAUCUAGACUAGUAAUACUUGAAUAAUAUACUCAUUCUGUAUACUGAUUUUUGGAAUGAUAGCAAAGCAACAAGUCAAUUUCUGGUUAGAACAUCUCAAUUAUUCAAAAAUGUUUCUCCAUAUAAAACUCUCCUUUUUUGUGUGAACAAAAGCUGAUUAUACAUGUAGAAUGUAGUUACUUAAUUUACAAACUUAAUAAUAUGUCUUUACCAAAGAUAAAUAUUUAUGCAAAUCUGUACAUACUUUAAUCAGGCCAGAAUAACACUUGCUGAAAUUUUGUAUUUCCAUAAAGAAAAAGUGAAAGUUUUUUAAUUUUAAAGCAAGACAGUGUGUUGCAAAGAAUGAGUAUAGAAAGGUAUGAAAUAAAAUAUUCAAGUUUUACUGGUGUUGUAAUGAAUGUGUUGUCUAGCUUAUGAUUUUUGUCAAGUUGUAUGUAAAACAGUUAAUGUACAUAAGAUGUAUACAUUUUGUUAUACAAACAUUAUAGAUACAAAAUCAAUCUCAUUUAUCAUAGACAAAAUUUUGUUUUCUUUUUUUUGUUUAGUUUACACAGAUUUUAUGUGAGGAUCAUUUAAUCAUUGUACAGAGAGCGAAAGGUAUCGUCCGAUAAUUAGCUUUAGUUUUAAUUAUUUUAGAAUAUUUUACCAAAGACAUAUAUUUAAAUUUGGUUACAAAAAGUGCUUAAAACACUGUUUUAUAGUGUGUCAGAGUAAGCUGUGUAACUUCAAAUUAAAAAUGACUCUCAAUAAUUGUCCCUUUUUAUAACUCAAAACUUACAUUUUAUUUUUGGUAAGUAUAUAUUUAUUUGUUGAACUUGUGGUAUAUGGUACAGCAAAAAACAGUUUGCUACAAUGUAUCAGACAUAGUGAAGGGGAAAAAAACCCAAAAUUUUUAUAUUAUGAGCUAAAAUGUUAAGCAGUAGGUAAAUAGAUUAUAGUCAAGAGCAUGACAGCAAACAGAUACUUGUUUUGUGAAGAAGUAUUUGAUGUAUUCACUUAUAACUGAUAUGAAAGGGAAUUGUAGUAAUACUUAGGUAGUUGCUAGGGUUUGUAGAUGCAGAAGGAAUUGCUUAGUCUAUAUUAAGAUCUGGUAAGUUUUAAAUUAACAAUAGCUUAAAGUUCAGGAAAUGAUAUUCAUAUUCAACUUCAUGCAGAGUACAUGAUUUUCAAAAUAUAAUGUUACUUCAAUUUCAUACUUCAAUUUCAUGAACUGUAUAUCUGUGAAGAUCACUUGAAUUUCAUCUCUGAGAGUUUUAUUUUUGAUUUUGAAAAAAAACAAACAUUUUUUGAUAACAUAUUAAGAAAAUUCAGAGCCGGGGAAAGCUGAAUUAUUCAAUUACAUAAUUGGAAAUAAUUAGAACUUAAUUAAAAGCUGAUUGUAUUAUAAUUGCUUUAUUUCAGAGUUACAGAAAAGAAUGAUAUUACACAUUAACCUCUUUUAUUAAAAGUUCAAGAAAUGAUCUGAAUUCCAUAACAGUUGCCAUAUGAUGAAUUCUUGCCUUAGUUUUCUUUAAAAUGUGUUUUACAGUAGAAAUGCUCAUAUUGUAGCAGUUAUUUCAUAUUAUCUUUUUAUUUUGACAAUUUUUGUUCAUUUUUUUUGUAUUAUUUUAAAAGUAACAUAUUAACUUUUCUAUUUUUUUAAAUAGAUCACUGUUUUCAUUUUAAGGUGAAACAAAGACUUUAACUGAAAGUAGUUUCUUGAAGAAAAGGGAAAAGUUGAUAUUGUUACUUGUGUAUGUAGAAGUGAUAGGGUAAUUUUUGUAUAUACAGAGUUAUAUUUCAUUAUAUAAGGAUAUGGUAUAUUUAAACUAACAUGGACUUGGUUGUGUGUGGUGCGGUAUGCAGUUUAACAGUUUUGUUUUAUUUGGCGCACUGAAUCCCCCCACCGUAAUAUUUGUAAAAUUAGAACUAAAAUUUUAUCAUCAAGUAAUUGAAAUUCCUAUUGUUUCAAUGCUAAAAGUGUUUCAUGCAACUACCCUUGUGGCAUGGGAUAUAAGAAUGAUUCAACAAAAACGACUUUUAUUUAACAUUCGAUACUUAGCAUCCAUCUAUAUAACAACCAGUGAAUACUGGUAGCUGUGUAAAAGGAUACCUAUAAGGUGAAUCAAAACAGGAUGUUUAAUUUGAGUUGGAAUGCUAUUUUUUCUCAAAUUGAGAGAAAGAAUGGUAGACACAUUCUAGAAUUUCUUUAAAAAAAAUAUCAAAAAACUUUUUCAUAACAUUUAUUCUUGAGAACAAGGUAGAAAUAAGGACAUUUUGGCUAAAAAGAGUUGUUUUCAUUGAAUAGACGAUAAAAGAGAGAGAUAAAAGAGAGACAGAAAAAUUUAAUUAUUCGAUUUUUAUGUUUAUUUCAAGAAUAACUGCUAUGACAAGAGUUCUGAAACAUAUCAGUGUCACGUUAUUAUAAACAAGUGUUGUUCCAUUUGUUAAGUGUGCAAAAUAUUGUUGCCAUGGUUUCAUAUUGUGACCGUGGUAAUGUAUUCAUGUUUCCGUGGUUACGCACUGAUGUCUCCUACACACAGUAUCUCAGGAAUAUAUGUCAACUUUGUGUUUCCCUGGUUACCAAACACGUAAUGGCUCUAUAAAU